UUUCUUUUUUUUUCAAACAGUUCGCCUUACCGCGAGUUUCCAUAGUGAAGGCAGGUCACGUGAGUGGGGAAGCUGGUCAGGUUAUUUGAACUGCGCUGCAUCCAUUUUAUUCAGCACAGUGAAUCUGAAGCGGCACAGAGUGUUCUGGAAACGGUAAAGCAGUUAAGAUGGCAGCACAGGGAGAACCUCAAGUUCAAUUUAAGCUUGUUCUAGUUGGAGAUGGUGGUACUGGAAAAACUACAUUUGUGAAACGUCACUUGACAGGAGAGUUUGAAAAAAAAUACGUAGCAACUUUGGGAGUUGAAGUUCACCCACUGGUGUUUCAUACAAAUAGAGGGCCUAUUAAAUUUAAUGUUUGGGAUACUGCUGGUCAAGAGAAAUUUGGAGGUCUUAGGGAUGGAUAUUAUAUUCAGGCUCAGUGUGCCAUCAUCAUGUUUGAUGUAACAUCAAGAGUAACAUACAAAAAUGUUCCUAACUGGCACAGAGAUUUGGUAAGGGUAUGUGAGAAUAUCCCUAUUGUCUUGUGUGGCAAUAAAGUAGAUAUCAAGGACCGGAAAGUGAAGGCAAAAUCUAUAGUCUUUCACAGAAAGAAGAAUCUUCAGUAUUAUGAUAUUUCAGCUAAAAGUAACUACAACUUUGAGAAGCCAUUCCUGUGGUUGGCCAGGAAGCUGAUUGGUGAUCCUAACCUAGAGUUUGUGGCAAUGCCAGCACUGGCCCCACCAGAAGUUGUAAUGGACCCUGCACUGGCAGCACAGUAUGAGCAAGAUUUACAGGUUGCUCAGUCCACUGCUCUGCCAGAUGAUGAGGAUGAUCUGUGAGUGACUAUAACCCAGCAUCAGCAGUCUAGUUUUAUAGGCAGCUGUUUGUGAAAAUUGUAAUCUGAACAUUGUUGAACUAAAGACACAUUCCCAGCUGGCAUUUUGAAAAGUGAGGUUUUCUUUUCCUGCCAUAGCAAAUGUUUAGAUAUUCCACAACCAAGAAUAAUAUUCCUCAAUAAUUAAUAUCUCCUUAAAUUAUAAAAUUUCAUAAGAGUGUUUAAAAGCUCACAACUUCCUCUAUGAAAUUUACGAACUGGCUCAACCCGUUUUCACUUUCAACUCAAGAUUCUUGUACAGUUAAGCAGAGUCCCAUCAGGUUUGUGAAAUGUAUAAAGGAGACAUUUGACAUCAGAAAUACCUUUUAUUCUAACAAGGACAUUAGGGACAAAGACCAGUGCACAUUGUAUAGAAAUACCUUUAUGCACAACCCUACAACAUUUUAAAAUGUGUAGGUUAAAGUCUAAAAGCAGUGGAAAAACAGUGUAGAAAUCAGUUUUUCUGUGCUGUGCUCCACAUCAAGUAAAUGGGUGGUUUAGUACUAGAACAUUUUGAAGUAGAAUCUGUAUUCUCUAAGAAAAACCCUGAAACAGUGAAAAAUGUAAUUACAAAAGUUAAAUGCAGGGAAAAUAUCGGAGCCAAUUGCUUUCAAAACUGGAACACAACUUUUAUUAUGUGAAAAAUAAAAAUAAAGGGAAUGAGUAACAAAGUGCCACUGAUGUAAAUUUACUGCUGAAGGCUUAUAAAUUAGAUCAAAACUGAAAGGAGAAAUGGGAAGAUAUCUGCAGUCAUAUUAGCCAUAUAUUAAGCAUUUCCAAUGUAGUAGGAAUAACUUUU